CUUUGAAGAGAAAGAGGUAAGAGCAUUAUUUCAAAGUGCUCGCGUCAGCCUACACCUUCCUAGGUGUUGUUCUUGACGUUUUAAUCUUACGUGCAGCAGAAUAAUAUGUCACCGACUGCUCCAAUCAACUUCAAAUGAUGAAUGCAUUUAUCGAUAAGCCCCGCUCGGCUUCGAUUGUUGUUUGGUACGACCGACGACAUUGCAUGCGGAAGACUCCGCAGAGUUGUUUAUAUCAACGCUGAUGGUACUCGUAAGACAGCUGGUGCUAGCAUUUUUCAAGAUCAGCGACGGAAGAAUUUGUUUUGAUUACACCUAGACUCGGAAGGUGUAAUUCUUUAUUAGAGCACUCCCUCAAGGCUUGACCUUGGGACGUCAUAAGAGGAUCGCCAUAACUACAACGGCUAUGGAUCCAGUGAUACCGAUAGUCGAUUUUGAUCGUUUCCUCCACGGGACCGAAGAGCAGAAACGGGAGGUAGCAAGAGGUAUCGACAAUGCGUUUCAGGAAGUCGGAUUCGUAUAUCUGAAGAACCACGGCGUCGCGAAGGCACUAAUUGAAGAAUGCUUCGCAUGGUCUGAAAAAUUCUUUUCCCUCCCUCUCUCUACCAAACAGCUAUCCCCGCAUCCACCAGGGGGCUCCCACCACCGCGGCUACUCCUCUCCUGGCCUUGAAAAGGUAACUCAAAACACCUUCGACGCCGAAUCUAUAUCGAAAGCUCGCGAGAUUCCAGACUGCAAAGAGUCAUUUGAGUCCGGAAACCCUCUGGAUAAGGCGCAGCCUAACAUCUGGCCGCCUCCACAUGUCAUCCCUGGGUUCCGUGAGUUCCUGGAGGGAUACUUCACGCAGUGUGGAGAUCUGGUGCAUAAGGUCCUGGAGUGCUUGGGGCUUGCUCUGGGAGUUGAUGGACCUGGAUUGGCGAAGACGCAUUCGGAUUCUUUGUUCCAGUUACGCUUAUUGCAUUAUCCUGCCAUCGCAGCAGAGGAGUUGAAGGGGGGAAGGAGGAGCAGGAUAAAUGCGCAUAGCGACUUCGGGACGCUGACGCUACUUUUCCAGGACGCAGUUGGGGGGUUGGAGGUCGAAGAUAGAUUUCAAGAGGGCGUGUUUAGGGAGGUGGAGCCUGUGGAGGGCGCCGUGUUGGUGAAUGUGGGGGAUUUGAUGGCGAGGUGGAGUAAUGAUCGGUGGAGGUCGACGGUGCAUAGGGUUGGUGUGCCGAAGGCUAUGGGUGACACGAUGGAGGUAGUGCCGAGCAGGUAUUCGAUUCCGUUCUUUGCAACGGCAGAUCCGGAAACGGUUAUUGAGGCGUUGCCAGGGUGUUGGGGGGAGAGCAGACCGAAGAAGUAUGAGACUGUCACUGCUUGGGGGUAUGUGCAGAUGAGGAUGGCAGCCCUUUAUGAGUAGGGACAUUGCACAACAUUGCAAGAGUCAUUGUAAGGGGAUAAUUCUGCAUUGAGUGGGGUAUCAAUAUAAAGGAAUCUG